UGGCAGCUUGGUAGCCACGAAGGAGACAGACAGUGCACGAUCUCGCAGCAUGCCAAUGUCACCCUCUGAUUUCCUGGACAAGCUAAUGGGGAGGAUGUCAGGCUACGAUGCAAGGAUCAGACCAAAUUUCAAAGGCCCUCCAGUUAAUGUCACAUGCAACAUAUUUAUAAACAGCUUCGGAUCCAUUGCAGAGACAACCAUGGAUUACCGGGUGAACAUCUUUCUCCGUCAGAACUGGAACGAUCCGCGCCUGGCGUACAGUGAAUAUCCAGAUGACUCUUUAGACUUAGACCCAUCCAUGCUGGAUUCAAUUUGGAAACCUGAUUUGUUCUUUGCUAAUGAAAAAGGUGCCAACUUUCAUGAAGUUACGACAGAUAAUAAGUUGUUGCGAAUUUUCAAAAAUGGGAAUGUACUUUAUUCCAUCAGAUUGACUUUAAUACUGUCCUGUCCGAUGGAUCUCAAAAAUUUUCCAAUGGAUGUACAAACAUGUAUAAUGCAGCUGGAAAGCUUUGGAUACACAAUGAACGAUCUAAUUUUUGAAUGGCAAGAAAAGGGAGCAGUUCAAGUAGCAGAAGGUCUCACUCUGCCACAGUUUCUGUUGAAAGAAGAAAAGGAUUUAUGUUACUGCACCAAGCACUACAACACAGGAAAGUUUACGUGUAUUGAAGUCCGAUUUCACCUCGAGAGGCAGAUGGGUUACUAUCUCAUCCAGAUGUACAUCCCUAGUCUCUUGAUCGUCAUCCUCUCCUGGGUGUCCUUCUGGAUCAAUAUGGACGCAGCUCCUGCCAGGGUGGCUCUGGGGAUAACCACGGUACUGACCAUGACAACCCAGAGCUCAGGUUCACGAGCGUCUCUUCCAAAGGUGUCGUACGUCAAAGCCAUUGACAUCUGGAUGGCCGUGUGUCUGCUCUUCGUGUUCUCUGCACUCCUGGAGUACGCGGCUGUAAACUUUGUGUCCAGGCAGCAUAAAGAACUGCUGCGAUUCCGCCGCAAGAGGAAGAAGAGCAAGGACGAUGACAUGAGGGACAGUCAGUUUAGUUUCACAGCCUACGGAGUGAGCCCGUGUCUGCAAGCGAAAGAUGGAGUGACCCAAAAGGGGCCAAACAACCCUGCUCAAGCUGCACCAAAAAGCCCCGAAGAGAUGAGAAAGGUAUUCAUUGACCGGGCCAAGAAGAUAGACACGAUAUCCAGAGCUUGUUUCCCCUUAGCCUUUCUCAUCUUCAAUAUUUUUUAUUGGGUAAUUUACAAAAUCAUCAGGCAUGAGGACAUUCACCAAUAAGGAGGGUUGAGGCUCGCGGUACACGCGGUUCAACGGGAGGCUUUCCCUAAGGAACGAGCAUCCCAGGAGUGACCAGGAGAGCUAAAGGCAUUGAGGGGGGACAAAAAAAGACCCUGCCAUGCCCAGUCGCAGCCAGGUGGGAGAAUGGCACCCGGAGAAGAUACAUCUGCUCUUGCAAACGUUCAGUGUCAAACUAAAUAUUAACUUUUUCAUUGUAAAUCACUCUCUACUGAAGCUUUACUGCCAAGUAUUUAUACAUACUGUUACAUAGUGGUAUACUUGUACAGUUCUCUUUGAUGUUCCUUACAUUUUUUUAAUUCUGGUGUAUUUUUAAUUAAAAAAAAAAAAAAAAGUGGAUCUAGAAUACCCUAGGUAAAUCCCAUGGUAUUACAGAAUAGAUUAGCAUUUGUAACCUUUAUUUCAAUUUUACAAGAUAAUGACAAAUUACUGAUUUGAGAUUACAGUUUUAAGGACCUUUUCUUGUCUUAAGGACAGAACCUGUGGUUUUGCAAUGAGCACACGACACAUUUAAGUUAUUUAUUCAGUGUACUUCAUAUUACCAUUCCCCUGGAAGGUGUGUGGUGAAAUAAUCUCAGACAGCACAAGGUAUCUACAAGCCUAAUAGUCUGCAUAUCACAUGGAAAAUAUAUUAAAAUUCGUAAAGAAUUGAUUCCUGCAAAGGAUUUUUUUUUUCUUUUAAUUAUCUACAUUUUGAUAAUUGAAACUUAUAGUAUUUUUCAAUCCUUUUUAUAUUUUUGAAGGGUUUUUUUUUUUCCUCAAUUGAUAAAACUCCUACAGCUUUGGAGAUAGCCAAACUACAUCAAAAAUUUUGCAAUGCUUCAUUUUGAUGCAAUGCAAAAUGAUCUUGGACCAAAAUUAAGAGCAAAUAGUCAACUGCUUUCCUGAAACAUCUGGAGGAUGAGUAGAGCUGUCUUUAUGCAAAUUUAUCUCCUACUUGUUGGAUAAAUAGAGGAAAUUUAAUUUACAAAUAUGUCCUCAUUGUCUGAAGGAUAUUGAUAUGACUUAGAUACUGGUUAAGAAGCACUUCACAACUGUGGAAAAACAUGUCACUCCUAAAACAUGAAAAAGGAUCUCAAUAUUUUUUUACAUUUAUUAUACUUCACAUUAAGUAAUUGGAGAACAACUAUCAAAACUCUUAGAGAGAUUUUCCCUGUUUAGGAUUAAAUAGGUCAUAUUAGUUGUUUCUUUGAAUUAUAACAGAAUAGAUCACAUUUAUGGCAGGGCUUGUAGGCAAGAGUGUUUACUUUUGCCAAUCUUGCUUACUGAAAAACAAAAACAUGCUCAGAUAUGGAAAUCUGACAUUUAGAAUUACUGGGUCCAGUAGCUGAGGCUGUUUCUCAUUGCAAAAAUAUUUUUAUUUUGAACAUGUUUUAAAUUUUUGGUUUGUUGUUGCUCAGAAUGUGUGCACAAAAGCGAAAUACAGCUGGAGGCAAACAUCUGGUGCCCUGCCAAAGGCAUGGCACAUAUGAACUAACAGAACCAUGGAACUGCACCCAGGGUUAUAACACAACAACCUUGGACUCGGUUGGGUUUGUUGUUGUUUUCCUCUAAGGAUUUGUUAGAUUCUAAAAAAGUAGUGCUCAGUAGUCUCUGCUGUGUCAGAAAGAAGUGUUAUAAUCCUCCUCUAUCUUAAAACAGGUUUGGUUUUUUUAAUAUAUAUUUUUUGCUUCACUUAUGAUCUGGAUUCAAUUCACUUUAACCAAUUAUUGUUUGCUGAGGUUGUGUUCUUUUUUUGUUGAUUUCUUUGUUGUGUGUGUGUUCCAAAAGAUCCUGUUCAUCUGUGCAAGGGGGUAACAGGAACUAACGGCUGACAUUUCAGCUGGGUUAUACCCAUCUCUCUCAAAGUUACCCUUAGCUGCAUUGUAUGAAGAGGGAUAUAAACUCAGUUCUGUUGUCAGAGAAGUCAACAGUAUUUUGUUUAAGGACUGUUUGAAGUCCUGGAUCCGUAAUCAAGAUCCAUCAUCUUCCAGGCUCAUCUCCCUUCUUUCUUUCUAAACUAGCUGAAUUGCAUUCAACAAUGAAUUGCAUUCAUUCAAUCAAGAAUUCUUCAUUGAAGGGGUAAGUGCAUCAAAAAGAUCAGAUCAGAAUAGCUCCUAGUUAUUCUAGUUUAUAACACCUGAGCAGCUGGUUGACAUUGCCUCUUUCCUGGACAUCCAAUAGUCUGCUGCUCUCACACAUGCAGUACUAUCUUGCCUUGAAAACAUGAACAAAUUUGAGUAAAGCAGAGCCUAAAAAAUUUAGCCCUAAUUUCUUUCUUCACUCUUUACAGCAGAAAAGGUCUAUGCUCUCAAGGAGAGAAAUCAGGCGGGAAAUCUUGGAAGUGAUAAAAGAGAGACCAGGUUACAACACUGGCAAAAUGUAGCAGGGGGUCAGAAGGAAUAUAAAUUGCUAAGCAAGAAGGACAAGUUCCUUCAUUCAUAUGUGAAACUAUUACCUCGGUGAGGGGGAAUAACCCUUGUGCCACAUUUCUCUUUGACUCAACCAUGCUAACCUAAGGAAAAAUUAAAGCAUAUAUAAAUAAAAAGCAUAAAUCUACAUUAUCAUUCUUUUCUGGACUCCCUAAUGUACUGUUAUGUACAUGUUCCAUUUAAAAUAAAUGAGAUCUGUAGAUUUAAUAGACCUAAUUUAGUUGGAUGUAAUGCCUGGUGUUGCCUCUCAGGAGGCAUCUCCCCACCCAUGUGCUAUGGUGGGAGAACAGAGGAGGGUCUCAGCCCUGGUCAGUGGAUCCCUUCCUCUGUGUAGUUCUAUUUCUCCUUCAUAGGCCAUUACAUUUGGAGGUUGAGCACACCCUACUUCUAAAUGGAAUAUUUACAUAUAAUGCUCAGUCUUCUAACAGGGCAUGUUGAAAAGAAAGAGAAUUAAUUAUGUUUAAAGCAUCAUCCUAGAUCAAUUUCUGUUGGAAAAGACCUUUAAGAUUAUCGAGUCCAACCAUUAACCCAACACUACCAAGACCACCACAAAAUCAUGUCCCUCAAAGGAGUUGUCAGGAGUGGGAUUUGAACCCACGCCUCCAGGGGAGACUGCGACCUGAACGCAGCGCCUUAGACCGCUCGGCCAUCCUGACAUGCUCUCAUUAUGAAAACUCUAUAUUUUUUUAUUAUGUAGCAAUCCAUUCAUAACAAAAGUGUUUCAAACAGAG